AUCUUAGGAGGUUCAGCACAGCGGGCACGCCCAUGGGGGUCCGGUGUGUUGGGGGUCCGCGCGAGCUGGCCGGUGCAGUGCGGUGCCUGCAGCCCUAGCAACGUGCCGGGCUGGAGCCGCAGGGUGGAGCGUGGGCGCGCGGGUCUUUGUGGCACUGGUGGUGGGGCAUGUGAGUGUGUGUGUUUGUCCACUGCCCCCCAGCUGACCGCUGUCCCAAGGGCUGCGGCAUCCAGCUACCCUGCCCACCCUGUGCCUUGCUCCUUCCCGGAACCUUCCGUUCCCUGGCUGCCGGCUUUGCAUCUACCCUGAGCUGGAUGGGACCCGCCCCUGGGUUCCUCGAAAGCCCAAAGCCCCACAGGGCGUUCAAGGGACCCUGGAGGCUCCCCGUCCUGAGAAUCCCAGCUAGUCCGGAGCCAGGAGAGGUGGGAUGGGAGGGGACAGAGGUGCACCAGGAGGGUGCCACAAGGAGGCUACCACAGCUGCAUCAGGAGAGCCAUGGAUGGACCCGCUGUCCCUGUUAACACCCUGGGUGCUCCUGCUUCUCCUCCCACUCUCAGCCUGCCUCAGUCUCACUCAGCCUUCUUUACCAAGGCGGAUUCCCUGUGCCCCUCAACUUUCCACUUUGCAUCAUUCACUCUGCCUCUUCCAAGGCAGUCUUAGUGUUUCUUGCCUCCUCCCACUCUCCUGAUGGCCAGGCGAUGGAGUGACCACUGCUCCCCAGGAAUCCCCUGCUCCUCCUCCCCAGGCAGGCAGUGGACCUGGACCUGCCCCUGCACGGGCCAUGCGCUGCACCACACUUCUGGCCCUCCUGGCGCUGGUCCUGCUGUACUUGGUGUCAGGGGCCCUCGUGUUCCAGGCCCUGGAGCAGCCUCAUGAGCAGCAGGCCCAGAAGGUACUAGGGGAGGUCCGAGACAAGUUCCUGAGGGACCAUCCAUGUGUGAGCAAGGAAGAACUGCAGAACUUAAUCUGGAAAGUGGCUGAUGCCCUGGGAGGGGGUGCGAAGGCAGAAAACAACUCGACGAAUGACACCUUCCACUCAGCUUGGAACCUGGGCAGAGCCUUCUUUUUCUCUGGGACCAUCAUCACUACCAUCGGCUAUGGCGAUAUGGCCCUGAGAACAGAUGCGGGGCGCCUCUUUUGCAUCUUUUAUGCACUGGUGGGGAUCCCGCUGUUCGGGAUGCUGCUGGCGGGGGUCGGGGACCGGCUGGGCUCCUCUCUCCGCCGGGGCAUCGGGCACAUCGAAGCAAUCUUCUUGAAGUGGCAGGUGCCACCUGGGCUGGUGCGAGUGCUGUCGGCCGUGCUCUUCCUUCUGAUCGGCUGCCUGCUCUUCGUCCUCACGCCCACAUUCGUGUUCUGCUAUAUGGAGGACUGGAGUGAGCUGGAAGCCAUCUACUUUGUCAUAGUGACACUCACAACUGUGGGCUUCGGCGAUUAUGUGGCGGGCACCAACUCUGACAGGCCCGGUCCUUUAGCCUACCAGCCUCUUGUGUGGUUUUGGAUCCUGCUCGGCCUGGCCUACUUCGCCUCAGUGCUCACCACCAUCGGCAACUGGUUGCGAGCGGUGUCCCGCCGCACGCGGGCAGAGAUGGGUGGACUCACGGCUCAGGCUGCCAGCUGGACAGGCACCGUGACUGCGAGGGUGACUCAGAGAACCGGGCCCACCGUCCCGCCGCCGCCGGAGAAGCAGCAGCCGCUUCUGCCCGCAUCCCUGCCGGUAUCCCUGCCCGCACCGCCUUGUCCGGCGCAGCCAGUGGGCAGGCCGGGAUCCCCUGCGCCUGGGGAGAAGGUCCAGACGCCUUCCCCGCCCACCGCCUCAGCGCUGGAUUACCCCAGCGAGAAUCUGGCCUUCAUCGACGAGUCCUCGGACACGCAGAGCGAGCGCGGCUGUGCCCUGCCUCGUCCGCCCCGGGGUCGUCGUCGUCCCAACCCUCCCAGGAAGCCGGCGCGGCCCCGGGGGGUUCGUGGGCGCCCCCAAGACAAGGCCGUGCGGGUGUAAGGGGCAGCAAGCAUUCUCGGCGCG